AGUAGGGGAAACAGCAACUAGUUUUUCCCAGACAGUCAACGCUCGAGGAACACCGAAACGAGCGAUAGUGCGUAGAAAAUUUAUAAGUUUUGUCCUUUAAUUUAUAAACACACAAUGCUGCUCAAAGUCUGCUUACUAUUCCUGUCCCUGGUGAUCAAUAUCCAGGGCGCCACCUUCAAGGUCACAUCCCAGGUGUACAUGGACAUUUCCAUCGAUGGCCAGGAGGCGGAACGCGUCAUAAUCGGGCUUUUCGGUGAAGAGGCUCCUAAAACGGUGGACAACUUCCGACACAUUUGCAUCAACGGGAUCGAUGGAAUUUCGUACAAGGGCAGCCGUUUCCAUCGGGUUAUCAACAAAUUUAUGAUCCAAGGCGGGGAUAUUGUAUCGGGCGAUGGUCAUGGGUCGAUUAGCAUUUACGGGAAAUAUUUUGAGGACGAAAAUUUGAACAUCAACCACAGCAGUUCCGGUUUCAUUGCUAUGGCUAAUCGAGGCCCGAACACGAAUGGGUGUCAAUUCUACAUAACCACGUUGCCAGCUCCGUGGCUCAAUGGGAAGCACACCGUUUUCGGUAAGGUCAUCGAUGGCCAGGGUGUGGUGCACAAGGUCGAACAGCAGAGGACUGACACAGACGAUUAUCCGGUUCCGACCAUCAUUAUCGAGGACUGCGGGGAUCAACCGAUUGGGGCACCGUUUACCGUUUCCGAUGAUCCUUAUGACUUAUGGGCAUGGAUUAAAGCAGCUUAUGUUCCACUUGGGAUGAGUUUUUCCAUUUUGGCGUUUUUCCAGUAUAUCAUUCGCAAAUUAGACAUUUAUACUGAUUAAUUUUAGUUAAUUAUUAAAAUAAAUGUGGUUUCUAUGUGUAUUUUGAAUAAGUGAGAAAAA